UAAAAUGAACUCCUUCUUAGCUAAGUAAAGUUACAUUGGAAGUGAGAGCGAAGAAGAAGAAGAAACCACGACACAAGUCCAAAGUUUGAUUCCAAAAUGCGAUCCUCAAGCAUUCGCAGCUUCACCAUCUUCACCCUCUUUCUCAUUGCGAUCCUCCCCCACGGACACGCAACAACUCCAACCUCCAAACUUCGCCUCAAACCACUCUCUUCUCCCUUUUCAACUGCCCUCGAAACCCUCCAGAAACAACUCGGGUACACCUUCAAGAGCAUCGAUCUUCUUCGUCGCGCCAUGACACACGCUUCCUUCUCCGAAGAAAACAACAAAGCUUUCGCCAUUCUCGGCGCCAGCGUCAUCGAAACCUCCGUCUCUUUCCAUCUGCUCUCCAGAGACGUUGAUCUUUCUUCCAAAGAGCUGAACCGUCGAUUGUCCCAAAUCACCAACGUCGAUUCCUCCUGCGCCGUCGACGGAACGCGAUUAGGGUUGCACAAGGUGGUUCGCGUCUCGCCCAAGACAAAUUCCUCCGCCCCCGCCGUCGUUUGCGGCGCCUUCCGAGCAAUCUUUGGCGCUGUUGCUAUUGACACCGGCAAGUCCGAUGACGCAGGCAACGUUUUCUGGAACCUUCAUGGCGGUGGUGACCUAGGAGUUGCCGUGGCUCUUUGAACUCUGACUCUGUGAGUUCAGUUAUCAAUUUUCUUCUGUUUGUGUUUGUUGCUCAAGAUACUUCUUAAUUAUCCUUGUUAGUAAUGGACCACUAAUUGUGAAGUAGCGAAUGACAGUGUAGUGUGUGAUGCUAUAACUAUAUUAACUACUGUUUUAUCUUUUUAUCGGCAAAUAGUUGUUAGUAUUGUUAGUGAAGGGAUUCGAACCUGCAAUCUCUCUCCGGCUUGCUUCCCUUCGUCAUUCACCACCAGACCAAUCUUAUAUAUUCAUAUUAACUACUGGUUUGUUAGUUGAAGGAACCUAUCUAGCUAAUGUAUUGUUUUCAUGGUAUGAACUUGUGAUGUGGUUUAUCUACUGUCAA